UCAAGAACGACUCCUAUGGAAAACGGAGAGAUCCAUACUCACCUGGUGAACGGUAGACCUGGUGCCCUGAAUCACAGCACGACCCUUCAGGAAUUUACCCAAGCCAGAUACGUACGGUUUCGAUUGCAGGGUCUUCGACGAAAUGGAGAAGCGAUCGCGGACAAAAGGCGCGCUUUUUACUCGAUAAAAGAGAUUAACAUUGGCGGAAGAUGUCUGUGUUCCGGUCACGCGGCAAGAUGUCGUUAUAGCGUUCAGCACGGACAUCAAGAAUGCGAAUGCGAGCGCCACACGUGCGGCGAAAGAUGCGAAAAAUGCUGUCCCAUGUACAAUCAGAUUCCGUGGAAACCUGGCACAGCUGCGAAGGGCUUUCACUGUGAGAAAUGCAACUGCAAUGGACAUGCAACCUCGUGCAGAUAUGAUCAGGAUGUGGCCGACAGAAGAAUGUCUAUGGACAUUCGUGGGAAAUUUCGCGGCGGUGGUGUCUGCGUUAAUUGCACAGAGCACACGGCCGGAGUUAAUUGCGAAAAGUGUGAAAUUGGUUAUUAUAGGCCGAACGGUGUUGCCCCUGACGUACCUGAACCGUGCUCGCCGUGCAACUGCAACGUGCGCGGUAGCACGGGUUACUGCACCCCGGAUGACUCCUACACGCAUAUGGGAAAGGUAGCAGGCGCUUGCGAUUGCAAACCCGGUUAUUCGGGAUACACGUGCGAUCAGUGUGCAGCCGGUUAUCGUCAGUUCCCGGACUGCAUGCCCUGUCCAUGCGAUUCCCGCGGGAUUUUACCGUCUCACGACUGCGAGGGGGAUUGUCUCUGCAAGGCAAACGUAGCUGGGGAAUUCUGCGACAAGUGCAAACCCGGACAUUUCGCUUUGACGAAGGAGAACUUAGAUGGCUGCUUUCCGUGUUACUGUUUCGGGGUCAGCGAUCGUUGUAGCAUCGCCAAAUUAUCAUAUUCUACGAUAUCGUCGUUGGAAAAUUGGCUAGUGACCGAUAUGAACGCAACUCGCUUCACAGCCCCUAUUUUGGACACGGAUAACGGCUGGCUGACGAUAGCAUCCUUCGACGUCGGAUACGAUAAUCCUUUCUGGUUGGCGCCACGAAUUUAUUGCGGCAAUCGCCUCUCGUCUUACGGCAGCAAUCUUACUUAUUCUGUCAGCUGGGUCGUUAUGCGCGGAGACACCAGUGGAAAACCGACUACUGGACCUAACGUUAUUCUAGUUGGUAAUAAUGGCAUGCGAAUAGCUUACGGCGAGGAACAAUAUAAUGGCCAGGAAGCAGAGAUCACGGUGCCUCUACGCGAAGACGGCUGGUAUCACGUACACGGCGAGAUUCAAGAUACUCUUACCAAGAUGAGGAGGACCGAAUUUCGCGGAGACUCUGUUACCAGGGUACAAAUAAUGGAGGUUCUCGCAGAUUUGAAGUAUCUGAUGAUAAGGGCGCAGUAUCAUUCGGAGCAGCUCGAGGGAAGCCUCCAAUCUGCGAUCUUAUCGAUCGGAGAAAUCUCAUCCGACGGGGAGAAUAAUAAUUUGGUCGAGGUGUGCGAGUGCCCGGAGGGAUACACAGGAUUGUCUUGCGAGAGUUGCGCCUGGGGUUACGUAAAAGUGGUCAAAAACGGAUCCGACCAUCAGGAUCAUCACGUUUGCGUGAGGUGUGACUGCAACGGGCACGCGAGCACCUGCAAUCUCGUACUGGGAGAAUGCACGACUUGCGAGCACAACACAGUGGGCCCUAAAUGUGAUCGCUGUGCCCCUGGUUUCUACGGUGUUGCCCUUAAUGGAACUCCAAACGACUGCCAGAGAUGUGCCUGUCCACUUUUGAUCGAAUCGAAUAACUUCAGUCCACAUUGUCAACUCGACGAUCCCAUAGACGUCGAUAGUAGAUACGUGUGCACGCAAUGCCCAAAUGGAUAUACAGGUGACCACUGUGAGAGCUGCGACGUAGGAUUUUUCGGAAAUCCCCUGAUACUCGGUGGAACAUGCGAGUCGUGUCUCUGCGGUGGCGGUCCUUGCGAUCAGGAAACUGGACGCUGCUUAGAGUGUCGCGGUAACACGGAAGGCUGGAGCUGCGACAAAUGUAAACCAGCUCAUUACGGAAAUCCCUUAGAACAGAACUGCUUGCCUUGCAAUUGCGAUCCUCUGGGCAGCAGUUCCGUCGAAUGCGACGGGAGGAGCGGUCAGUGUCCCUGCAAACCUUUGUUCGAGGGUCGUGACUGCUCCUCUUGCAUCGAAGGUUACGGGAACGUGACUGCAGGUUGCCGGGAAUGCAACUGCGACGUGGGUGCCCUCGACGAGGUCUGCGAUCCCGUAACCGGCGAAUGCAGGUGCGCUGAUGGCGUCCUUGGCUUCCGGUGCGAUUAUUGCGACGUCGACCAUUACGGUUUGUCCGCGGAUGGCUGCAAUGGUGAGUGCCGUUUAAACAAUUUUUUUAGAUGA